AUGGAUUCUGAGUUGCUUGCCGACGACGAUCGCUCUAUAGAGUUGUCUUCGAUCGAAGCCAUCUACCCGGAAAUCAAAAUUGACCCGUCGACUCCCUUCCGGGCCUCGUUGGACAUCCCUGUGAAGCCUUCAACACCCUUGCGAGUCUGCUUUCAGCAGCACGCAGAAGCCGGAUCUCCCACUGUUCUGACCCCUCCGAAUUCUCUGGGUGCGGCCGAAGUUGGCUCUGCGAAACCUGGCGACAACGACUUCCCUUCUGAUGCCGGAAACGAUAUACAUCUCCUCCCUCAUCUACCUCCGAUUGCUCUCGUCGUCGAUCUUCCUGAAGGAUAUCCGUCCCUCCACCCACCGCUUCUCAAACUCAGCACCGAUCCGCCGUGGCUUCCUUCCUCGAUUAUUUCGCAGCUUCUAGAUGAUGGGAAACGCCUCUGGGAGGAAUGCGGGAGAGAUCUGGUCAUUUUUACUUACAUAGACCACCUUCAGCAGCUCGCUGACACGGCUUUCGGGAUUCAAGACAUCCCAAAUGGCGAGAUACGUCUUCCUCGCGAGCUAAAGAUCUCGUUGCUGGAUUUCAAUAAUAAGGCCGAAAAAGAGAAGUUUGAGCAGGAGACCUUCGAAUGUGGCGUUUGCCUAGAGCCCAAGAAAGGUGCCAAUUGCCACCGGCUGAUUUUUUGCUCCCAUGUGUUCUGCGUGCCCUGCUUGCAGGACUUUUACAACACAUGUAUCACGGAGGGAGAUGUGGACAGUGUAAGAUGCCUGGCGCCGGAUUGUGGCAGGGAACAAAAACCCGCUUCGACCGGUGAAGUACAGGGCAAGAAACGGAAGAAGAAUGAUCGAGCAUUGAGUCCCAGCGAGCUUCUUCAGAUCCCACUGGAGCAGGAAACCGUGCAGCGUUACGUGUUUCUCAAGCGAAAGAAGAAGCUCGAAGCCGAUAAGUCAACGGUUUAUUGUCCCCGAAAGUGGUGCCAGGGUGCAGCUCGCUCGAAGAAACACCCAAAGCCGGUGGAUCCUAUGGCAAAUGACCUGGACGAUUCAGACGAGGAAGACGACGGGGUCGCUUUUGACCCUCUUGGAGACGAGGCUCAGCUACCUCCGAUGGCAGACCGGGUUGCGAUUUGCGAAGAUUGCAACUAUGCCUUUUGCUGUGUCUGUAAAAAGGGCUGGCAUGGCGAGCUCGUGCGCUGCUUCCCUCGCCGGGAGGCCGAACUUUCGGCAGAAGAGAAAGCUACGGAGGAGUACUUGAAGAUGUACACCUCUCCUUGUCCGACAUGCAGCGCUCCUUGCCAGAAGCAGAUGGGCUGCAACCACAUGAAAUGCUUCAAAUGCGACACGCACUUCUGCUACCUCUGCUCCAGCUGGCUCUCGGAAGAUAACCCAUACCGUCAUUUCAAUGAUUUCAAUAGCGGAUGCUACAACCGACUCUGGGACAUGGAAGGUGGCGACGGCAUCAAUCCCGACGGGGCCGAGGCUCUCCACCGUAUUCCAAAUGACCUCGUCGAUUUUGACGAGAGCGACGAUGAAGACCAGCCUGCAUGGCGUUUUGAAGGACGACCUCCACCUCCUGCCCCGGCACCGCCGCGAGUCAAUCAGGGCGCAAACGGCCCCGGGCACCGCGAGGGAGGCGGAAACGCAAACGACCUCGACGCGGCAGGCAUGGCCGCCGCUGCAGAGAGACAAGCCCAGGCCCAAGCCAUGGCCGAAGUGCGAGGUCGUCCCGGUGCUGACCGGCCUCGACCGCAAGCCAACGGCGACCCCGCCGCUCGACAGGGACAAGUCAGGCACCCAGGACUCCAGCGUUUUUUGGAUUUGGUUCAGAAUGAUCGAGAAGACGAAUGGGACAGCGACGAACUCGACGAUGACUUUUAA